CCCCACUCGCUUCGUUCCCGCGGCAGGGCUUCGUCAGGGAGCCCGCUGGCCAGGGCUCGGUCGCCGCCACCAGGAAUCCAGGAACCGGGUCGGGGUCUGGGGCGUUAUACCGGGACGGCGCCUGGAAUGGCCGUGCUGGGCAGCUGAAAGCCACGGACCGACAGGUUGUGAAGUUGGAACGAACAUUACCAAAAAGGAUCAGCAAGUGAGAAGUACUGAAUUCCUGGGGCGGAUCCUACCUGGAGCAAAGUCCUAGAAAGAUGGACAAGGAAGAGGAGAGUACGCGGGAGAUCCUACUCCCUGAUUGGCAAGACAGUGCUCAUGGUAUUACCAUCAAAGAGACGGAUGAAGGCGUCUUCGUGAAGCAGAUCCAACAGGACUCACCAGUCGCCAAGACAGGAAUUGUACAGGAAGGAGACCAGAUUGUGAGCGCAACCAUCUAUUUUGACAAUGUGCACUCAGGGGAGGUCUCGGAGCUCCUUAAAAACAUGGGUCAUCACACGGUGGGCCUGCGGCUACAGAGGAAAGGCGACCGCUCCCCGUUGCCAGGGCAGUCUGGUUCCUACGACGUGUUUCCUCCAAGGAGCCCAGAAGUUGUUUUGAGUGGAGAUGAUGAAGAGUACCAGCGGAUCUACACCACAAAAAUUAAACCUCGCCUUAAAUCAGAAGAUGGCACAGAAGUUGAGCAUGCAGGAACUCAAAGCAGGACCAUUACGGUCACCAAAAGGGUCACAGCUUACACUGUCGAUGUUACCGGCCAUGAAGGUGCCAAAGAGAUUGACAUCAGCAGUCCUGAGUUUAAGAUCAAAAUUCCUAAACAUGAACUUACCCAAAUUUCUAAAGCUGGAAUUGAACCGGAGCCUGGGAAAACUGUCAUCAAGAUCCCACACGUGGAUUCACCUGGGAUUACCAGCUAUGGAAAAUCCUCCCACGAAGGAGGGAAAUUUUAUGAUGUGACAUAUUCUGGACCAACUAUUGACUUGCCUUCCCGAAAAUUGGAGGCAGGUGUUCCCGAUACCCUUGUGGGGCAGCCAAAGGUGGGAAAAACUGAUAUCCAAGUCUCCAAUAUCAAGGGUAUAGGUUUGAGUGGUCAGGCAGACUUCAGCAGCCCUGAAAUCAAUGGGAAAACAGGGGACCGACUGCAAUUCGAUAUCAAAGGUCCUAAAAUUAAAGGAGAAUUGGGAGGGUUACAAGGCGCGGGGAUAAAAAUUCCUGCCUCAGGCAUUGAAGGCAAGACGACAAGUCCAGGUCUUGGUGAUGAAAGCAAAGGAAACCUUACAUUCCCUGCCAUGAGAAUGCCCAAAUUUGGAAUAUCAUCUCCAAGUGCUGACAUUGAAGUUCCUCAACUGGAUGCAACAGCUCCAUCUGUGACAAUCAAAGGCCCAGGAGGAUUUCCAGAGGGCCCCAAAGUUGCAAUCACAAGCAGGGGAAUACCAGAACCAAAAUUGGAUAUGGGUGUAAAAGGACUGGAUUUGAAAGGUGGGGUGAAAUCAAAGAUGGAUUUUGGGGCCUCAGACAUCGGACUUGAAGAGAGUGAAGACAAAUUUAAAAUACACCACAUGGAUAUUCCUAAAUUUUCUGUUUCAGGCCCUGCAGCAGAAAUCAAUGUUCCAAAAGGAGGGAUUGAGAUUAGUGGACAGACACCCAAAAUCUCUAUGUCAGAUAUUGACUUGAAUCUUAAAAGUCCCAAAGGAAAAGGAGCUACACAUAUUUCAGGGCCAAAGAUUGAAGGGGACUUGAAAGGGCCUAGUAUGAAUGUUGAGGGCACCAAUGUUGACCUUGGUGGACCACUCAAAGGUCCAAAGAUCUCAAUGCCCUCUGUGAAAACUACCCCAGUUGCUGUGCCAGAUAUUGACUUGAAUCUAAAAGGGACAUCAUUAAAGGGUGAUGUGGAUGUUUCUGGGCCCAAACUGGAAGGCGACCUGAAGGGCCCGCAAAUUGACAUCAAAGGCCCCAAAGUGGACAUUGCUGCUCCUGGCAUUGGCCUCAAAGGUCCUUCAGGUCAACUGAAAGGGCCUCAUGUCAAAACUCCACAAAUCUCCAUUCCAGACCUUGACCUAAAUUUGAAAGGCCCCAAAGUCAAGGGGGACAUGGGUGUUUCCAUACCAAGAGUGGAAGGAGAACUGAAGGGCCCAGCUGUGGACAUCAAGGCUCCAAAAGUAGACGUUGUUGCACCAGAUGUUGACCUUCAUGGCCCUGGACUCAAAAUGCCCAAAUUGAAAAUGCCCAAAUUUGGCGUGCCCAGCUUGAAACCUGUUGUUUCUGAUGUGGACAUUAGUCUUCCCCAGGGCAGCCUUGACAUAUCAGGUCCUAAAGUCGAUAUUGCAGCCCCAAGAUUGGAUAUUGAGGCACCAAAGAUUUCAGUUCCAGAUUUCGACCUGAACCUGAAAGGACCACCAUUAAAGGGUGACAUGGAUGUUUCUGUACCCAAAGUAGAAGGCAGCUGGAAGGGCCCACAGAUAGACCUCAAAGGCCCCAAAGUGGACAUUGCGGCUCCUGACAUUGGCCUCAAAGGUCCUUCAGGUCAACUGAAAGGGCCUCAUGUCAAAACUCCACAAAUCUCCAUUCCAGACAUUGACCUAAAUUUGAAAGGUCCCAAAGUCAAGGGUGACAUGGGUGUUUCCAUACCAAGAGUGGAAGGAGAACUGAAGGGCCCAGCUGUGGACAUCAAGGCUCCAAAAGUAGACUUUGUUGCACCAGAUGUUGACCUUCAUGGCCCUGGACUCAAAAUGCCCAAAUUGAAAAUGCCCAAAUUUAGCAUGCCCAGCUUGAAAGGUGAAGUUCCUGAUGUGGACAUUAGUCUUCCCCAGGGCAGCCUUGACUUCUCUGGUCAAAAAGUCGAUAUUGCAGUCCCAGGAUUACAUGUUGAGGCACCAAAGUUUUCAGGUCCAGAUGUUGAACUGAGCCUGAAAGGGCCAUCAUUAAAGGGUGAUGUGGAUGUUUCUGUGCCCAAAGUAGAAGGCAGCCUGAAGGGCCCACAGAUAGACCUCAAAGGCCCCAAAGUGGACAUUGUGGCUCCUGGCAUUGGCCUCAAAGGUCCUUCAGGUCAACUGAAAGGGCCUCAUGUCAAAACUCCACAAAUCUCCAUUCCAGACCUUGACCUAAAUUUGAAAGGCCCCAAAGUCAAGGGGGACAUGGGUGUUUCCAUACCAAGAGUGGAAGGAGAACUGAAGGGCCCAGCUGUGGACAUCAAGGCUCCAAAAGUAGACGUUGUUGCACCAGAUGUUGACCUUCAUGGCCCUGGACUCAAAAUGCCCAAAUUGAAAAUGCCCAAAUUUGGCGUGCCCAGCUUGAAACCUGUUGUUUCUGAUGUGGACAUUAGUCUUCCCCAGGGCAGCCUUGACAUAUCAGGUCCUAAAGUCGAUAUUGCAGCCCCAAGAUUGGAUAUUGAGGCACCAAAGAUUUCAGUUCCAGAUUUCGACCUGAGCCUGAAAGGACCACCAUUAAAGGGUGACAUGGAUGUUUCUGUGCCCAAAGUAGAAGGCAGCUUGAAGGGCCCACAGAUAGACCUCAAAGGCCCCAAAGUGGACAUUGUGGCUCCUGACAUUGGCCUCAAAGGUCCUUCAGGUCAACUGAAAGGGCCUCAUUUCAAAACUCCACAAAUCUCCAUUCCAGACAUUGACCUAAAUUUGAAAGGUCCCAAAGUCAAGGGGGACAUGGGUGUUUCCAUACCAAGAGUGGAAGGAGAACUGAAGGGCCCAGCUGUGGACAUCAAGGCUCCUAAAGUAGACAUUGUAUCACCAGAUGUUGACCUUCAUGGCCCUGGACUCAAAAUGCCCAAAUUGAAAAUGCCCAAAUUUGGCGUGCCCAGCUUGAAACCUGACGUUCCUGAUGUGGACAUUGGUGUUACCCAGGGCAGCCUUGACUUCUCUGGUCCAAAAGUCGAUAUUGCAGCCCCAGAAUUGGACUUUGGAGCACCAGAAGGCAAAAUUAAAGGUCCUAAAGUCAAGAUGCCAGGAUUACAUGUUGAGGCACCAAAGGUUUCAGUUUCAGAUGUUGACCUGAGCCUGAAAGGGCCAUCAUUAAAGGGUGAUGUGGAUGUUUCUGUGCCCAAACUAGAAGGCAGCUUGAAAGGCCCACAGAUAGACCUCAAAGGUCCCAAAGUGGACAUUGUGGCUCCUGACAUUGGCCUCAAAGGUCCUUCAAGUCAACUGAAAGGGCCUCAUGUCAAAACUCCACAAAUCUCCAUUCCAGACAUUGACCUAAAUUUGAAAGGCCCCAAAGUCAAGGGGGCCAUGGGUUUUUCCAUACCAAGAGUGGAAGGAGAACUGAAGGGCCCAGCUGUGGACAUCAAGGCUCCAAAAGUAGACAUUGUUGCACCAGAUGUUGACCUUCACGGACCUGGACUCAAAAUGCCCAAAUUGAAAAUGCCCAAAUUUGGCGUGCCCAGCUUGAAACCUGACGUUCCUGAUGUGGACAUUGGUGUUACCCAGGGCAGCCUUGACUUCUCUGGUCCGAAAGUCGAUAUUGCAGCCCCAGAAUGGGACGUUGGAGCACCAGAAGGCAAAAUUAAAGGUCCUAAAGUCAAGAUGCCAGAAAUGCAUGUCAAAGGUCCUAAAAUCUCCAUGCCAGACACUGAUUUGAAUCUAAAGGGGCCCAAACUCACAGGAGACAUUGAUGUUUCUAUUCCAAAAUUAGAAGGUGAUAUAAAAGGUCCAGAAAUUGAUAUCAAAGGUCCAAAGUUAGAUAUUGAAGCACCAGAUGUUGACCUACAUGGACCAGAAGGGAAAUUGAAGAUGCCAAAAUUCAAAAUGCCUAAGUUUGGAAUACCCAGCUUCAAAGGAGAAAGUCCGGAUAUGGAUUUAAACCUCCCCAAAGCAGAGCUUGAUGUUUCUGUUCCAACAGUUGACGUAGCAGCACCAAGUUUGGACAUUGAAGGCCCAGAAGGAAAACUAAAAGGAUCCAAAUUUAAGAUGCCUGAGUUUAAUAUUCAUGCACCAAAGAUAUCAAUGCCAGAUGUUGAUUUGAAUCUAAAAGGGCCAAAAUGGAAAGGGAAUGCAGAUAUUUCUGGACCAAAAAUAGAAGGUGAAUUUAAGGGACCCCAGGUUGAUAUUGAAGGUCCUAAACUAGAUGUUGAUAUCCCUGAUGUAGAGCUGGAAGGGCCUGAAGGAAAAAUUAAAGGAUCCAAAUUCAAAAUGCCAAAACUGAAUAUUAAAGCUCCCAAAAUCUCUAUGCCAGAUGUAGAUCUGAAUCUCAAAGUCCCCAAAACGAAGGGUGAAAUGGAUGUAACGGUUCCAAAACUAGAAGGAGAUCUGAAAGGACCCAAUCUUGCUGCACCAAAAUUGGAUAUAGAUCUCCCAGAUGUUGAACUUGAAGGCCCAGAAGCCAAGUUGAAGAUGCCCAAAAUGAAGCUACCAAAAUUUGGAACACCUGGGUUGAAAGGAGAGGGUCCUGAUGUUAAUGUGAGCCUUCCCAAAGGAGAUUUGGAUGUUUCAGGGCCAAAAAUAGAUAUUGAUAUGCCAAGUGUGGACCUUGAAGGCCCAGAAGGAAAACUGAAAGGUCCAAAGUUUAAAAUGCCUGAAAUGCAUUUCAAAACACCCAAAAUCUCCAUGCCAGAUAUUGACUUUGAUUUGAAAGGUCCAAAAGUGAAAGGUGAUAUGGAUGCUUCUAUUCCAACACUAGAAGGAGAAUUCAAGGGACCCAGCGUUGAUAUCAAGAGGCCUACAGUAGAGCUAAGUGGUCCAGACAUUGAUCUCCAGAGUGAGGGGAAACUAAAAAUGCCAAAAUUGAAGAUGCCAAUUUUUACUGUUUCAAGCCCAAAACUAGAAAGUCCUGAUGUAGAUCUAAGUUUGCCAAAGGGAGAAAUUGACAUCUCAGGUCCAAAGAUAGAUGUGGAAGCUCCAGAACUUGAUAUUGAAGGUCCUGAAGGAAAGCUGAAAGGUUCAAAAUUUAAGAUGCCAAAACUAAAUAUCAAAGCACCGAAGAUCUCCAUGCCUGAUGUAGACUUGAACAUUAAAGGACCUGGAGCGAGAGGACAGAUGGAUGUAACUGUACCAAAUAUUGGAGGCAAUCUUGAAGGACCUCAGAUUGAUAUAAAGUCUCCUAAACUGGAUGUGGAAGACAUUCACUUAGAAUGUCCAGAAGGAAAAGUGAAAGGGCCCAAAUUUAAGAUGCCUGAAAUGCACAUCAAAGCUCCAAAGAUUACUAUGCCAGAUGUUGAUUUCAACUUGAAAGGUCCAAAGCUGAAGGGAGAUGUUGAUGUUUCUGUCCCAAAGCUGGAAGGUGACCUGAAAGCCCCAGAUUUAGAUCUCACAGGUCCCAAAGUGGACAUUGAUGCACCUAAUGUUGAACUUCAUGGACCAGAAGGAAAGUUGAAGAUGCCCAAAUUCAAAAUGCCCAAAUUUGGAAUGCCCAGCUUCAAAGGGGAAGGUCCAGAUGUGGAUGUAAGCCUCCCCAAAGGAGAUCUCGAUCUUUCUGGUCCAAAGUUGAAAGGAGAUGUCGAUGUUUCUGUCCCAAAACUGGAAGGAAAUUUGAAAGGCCCAAGUGUGGACCUUGAAGGUCCUGAAGGAAAACUUAAAGGUCCUAAGUUUAAGAUGCCUGAAAUGCAUUUUAAUGUUCCUAAAAUCUCUAUGCCUGAUAUAGAUUUGAACUGGAGGAAACCUAAAGUAGAAGCCGAUGUAUCUAUACCAACAGUGGAGGGGGAUUUGAAAGGCCCAAGUGUGGACAUCAAAGGUCCCAAACUAGAUAUUGAUGUCCCUGAUGUUGACAUUGAGGGACCAGAAGGGAAAUGGAAAGGGCCCAAAUUUAAGAUGCCUGAAAUGAACAUCAAAGCUCCCAAAAUUUCCAUGCCAGAGUUUGACUUGAAUUUGAAAGGUCCUAAAAUGAAGGGAGAUGUGGAUGUGGAUGUUUCUGUGCCGAAGCUAGAGGGGGAUAUUAAGGGGCCAGAACUCGAUAUUAAAGCACCCCAAUUAGAUAUUAAUGCCCCUGAUAUAAGUAUGGAAGUACCAGAGGGAAAGAUAAAAGGUCCUAAAUUUAAGAUGCCCGAAAUGCACAUGAAAACUCCAAAGAUCUCUAUGCCAGAUUUUGACUUGAACCUCAAAGGUCCAAAAGUAAAGGGAGAUGUGGAUGUUUCUCUUCCCAAACUGGAAGGAGAUAUGAAAGGUCCAGAUGUGGAUAUCCGGGGUCCCAAAUUGGACAUUGACGCACCGGAUGUAGAAAUUGAAGGUCCUGAAGGAAAGUGGAAGAGUCCCAAGUUUAAGAUGCCCGAAAUGAACAUCAAAGCUCCCAAAAUCUCCAUGCCAGACUUCGACUUGAACCUCAAAGGUCCCAGAGUGAAAGGAGAUGUGGAUGUCUCCGUACCGAGCUUGGAAGGUGAUCUGAAGGGCCCCGACAUUGACAUCAAAGGGCCCAAGCUAGACGUUGACGUUCCAGAUGUUGAUCUUGAAGGUCCUGAAGGGAAGUGGAAAAGUCCCAAGUUUAAGAUGCCUGAAAUGAACAUCAAAGCUCCUAAAAUCUCUAUGCCAGACUUCGAUUUGAACCUGAAAGGACCUAAAGUGAAAGGUGAUGUGGAUGUUUCUGUUCCAAAGUUGGAAGGUGACCUGAGAGGCCCUGAUGUGGACAUUCAAGGCCCUAGAGUGGACAUUGACAUGCCCGAUGUUGAUUUGCAUGGUCCAGAGGGUAAAAUCAAGCUGCCCAAAUUUAAAAUGCCCAAGUUUGGGAUGCCUGGAUUUAAAGGAGAAGGUCCUUCAGUGGAUGUGACCAUGCCCAAGGGAGAAGUGGAUAUAUCUGGUCCCAAACUAGAUAUUGAAACACCUGAUCUGGAAAUCGAACACCCAGAAGGAAAACUGAAAGGCCCCAAAAUGAAGAUGCCGGAAAUGCAUUUUAACGUCCCCAAAAUCUCAAUACCAGAUAUUGAUUUGAAUUUGAAAGGCCCAAAACUCAAAGGAGAUGUAGGAGGGGACAUUAAAGGACCAGACAUUGCAUUGAAAGGACCUGAUGUCGAACUGGAGACUCCAAAAGUAGAGAUUGAAGCAAAACCAAAGAAAUCAAGAUUUAAACUUCCCAAGUUCAAUUUUUCUGGCCCCAAACUUCAUACACCUGAAGUUGAUGUGAAGGUUAAGAAACCAGAUGUUGAUAUCUCAGGACCAAAAGUGGGUGUUCAGAGUCCAGAUGUGGAUAUCCAAGGAAAAGCAAAAGGUUCUAAAUUUAAAAUGCCAUCAUUGAAUAUUUCCUCCCCUAAGGUCUUUAUGCCUGAUGUGGAACUAAAUUUGAAAGGGCCUAAAUUAAAAGGAGACCUGAAUGUUUCUGCACCAAGCUUGGAAGGAGAUUUGAAAGCCCCUGAAAUUGAUAUCAAAGGCCCCAAGAUCGAGGUUGGUACACCAGAAGUUGAUCUUCAUGGCCCUGAAGGCAAACUCAAAAUGCCUAAGUUUAAAAUGCCCAAAUUUGGAAUCCCAGGCAUCAAAGCAGAAGCUCCCGAUGUGGAUGUAACCCUUCCCAAAGCUGAUUUUGACCUGUCGGGCCCCAAAGUGGACAUUGAAACGCCUGACCUAGAAGGACCAGAGGGGAAGCUGAGAGGUCCGAGAAUUAAGAUGCCAGAAAUGCAAAUCAAAACUCCGAAAAUCUCAAUGCCAGACAUAGACCUGAAUCUGAAAGGCCCAAAAUUGAAAGGAGACAUCGAUGUCUCUGUGCCAAAGUUGGAGGGCCCUGACGUUGAUAUCAAAGGUCCAAAAGUAGAUGUUGACCUUCCAGAUGUUGACCUUGAAGGCCCAGAAGGAAAACUGAAAGGGCCCAGGUUUAAGAUGCCUGACAUGCACUUUAAGACUCCCAAAAUUUCCAUGCCAGAUUUUGACUUAAACCUGAAAGGACCCAAAUUAAAAGGUGACGCAGAUGUGACCUUCCCAACAUUGGAAGGUGAUCUAAAGGGCCCAGAGGUUGAUAUCAAAGCACCUAAACUUGAUGUAGAUGUUCCUGAUAUUGAACUGGAGGCCCCAGAAGGAAAAUGGAAAGGACCCAAAUUUAAGAUGCCGGACAUGAACAUCAAGGCACCUAAAAUUUCAAUGCCAGAUGUGGAUUUCAACUUGAAAGGACCUAAACUCAAGGGAGAUGUGGAUGUCUCAACUCCAGGAAUGCAAGGAGAACUUAGAGGACCAGAUGUGGAUAUCAAAGGUCCAAAGCUGGACAUUGAUGUCCCAGAUGUUGAUCUACAUGGACCAGAAGGAAAACUGAAGAUGCCAAAAUUCAAGAUGCCCAAGUUUGGCAUGCCUGGUUUCAAAGGAGAAGGUCCAGAUGUGGAUGUAAGCCUCCCUAAGGGAGAUCUCGAUGUUUCUGGUCCCAAGGUUGAACUUGAAGGACCAAGCUUGGACAUUGAAGGCCCAGAAGGAAAAGUGAAAGGGCCCAAAUUUAAGAUGCCUGAAAUGCACUUCAAGACCCCAAAGAUCUCAAUGCCCGAUAUUGAUCUCAACCUCAAAGGUCCAAAGAUGAAGGGAGAUGUGGAUGUUUCUGUUCCUAAGCUAGAAGGUCCAGAUGUGGAUAUCAAGGGACCCAAAUUGGACAUUGAUGCACCUGAUGUAGAAAUUGAAGGUCCUGAAGGGAAGUGGAAAAGUCCCAAGUUUAAGAUGCCCGAAAUGAACAUCAAAGCUCCCAAAAUCUCCAUGCCAGACUUUGACUUGAACCUCAAAGGUCCCAGAGUGAAAGGAGAUGUGGAUGUCUCCGUACCGAGCUUGGAAGGUGAUCUGAAGGGCCCCGACAUUGACAUCAAAGGGCCCAAGCUAGACGUUGAUGUUCCAGAUGUUGAUCUUGAAGGCCCAGAAGGGAAGUGGAAAGGACCCAAAUUUAAGAUGCCUGAAAUGAACAUCAAAGCUCCCAAAAUCUCCAUGCCAGACUUUGAUUUGAACCUGAAAGGUCCAAAAGUGAAAGGAGACUUGGAUGUCUCAGUUCCAGAGGGUGAUUUGAAAGGCCCAGAAAUUGACAUCAAAGGUCCAAAGCUAGAUAUCGAUGCUCCAGAUGUUGAACUACAUGGUCCAGAAGGAAAACUCAAAAUGCCCAAGUUCAAGAUGCCCAAGUUUGGCAUGCCCAGCUUCAAAGGGGAAGGGCCAGAUAUGGAUGUAAGCCUCCCAAAAGCAGACCUUGACAUUUCGGUCCCCAAAGUUGAACUGGAAGCACCAUGUAUGGACAUUGAAGGCCCAGAAGGAAAAGUGAAAGGACCCAAAUUUAAGAUGCCUGAGGUGCACUUCAGGACCCCAAAGAUCUCCAUGCCCGAUAUUGAUCUGAACCUCAAAGGUCCAAAGAUGAAGGGAGAUGUGGAUGUGUCUGUUCCUAAGCUAGAAGGUGGCCUAAAAGGGCCAGAUGUGGAUAUCAAAGGUCCCAAAGUGGACAUUGAUGCACCUAAUGUUGAACUUCAUGGACCAGAAGGAAAGUUGAAGAUGCCAAAAUUCAAAAUGCCCAAUUUCGGAAUGCCCAGCUUCAAAGGGGAAGGUCCAGAUGUUGAUGUAAGCCUCCCCAAAGGAGAUCUUGAUGUUUCUGUCCCAAAAGUUGAACUUGAAGCUCCAUGUUUAGACAUUGAGGGCCCAGAAGGAAAAGUGAAAGGGCCCAAAUUUAAGAUGCCUGAAAUGCACUUCAAGACCCCAAAGAUCUCCAUGCCCGAUAUUGAUCUGAACCUCAAAGGUCCAAAGCUGAAGGGAGAUGUGGAUGUUUCUGUUCCAAAGCUAGAAGGUCCAGAUGUGGAUAUCAAGGGACCCAGAUUGGAUAUUGAUGCACCAGAUGUAGAAAUUGAAGGUCCUGAAGGAAAGUGGAAAAGUCCCAAGUUUAAGAUGCCUGAAAUGAACAUCAAAGCUCCCAAAAUCUCCAUGCCGGACUUUGACUUGAACCUCAAAGGUCCCAGAGUGAAAGGAGAUGUGGAUGUCUCCGUACCGAGCUUGGAAGGUGAUCUGAAGGGCCCCGACAUUGACAUCAAAGGGCCCAAGCUAGACGUUAAUGUUCCAGAUGUUGAUCUUGAAGGCCCAGAAGGGAAGUGGAAAGGACCCAAAUUUAAGAUGCCUGAAAUGAACAUCAAAGCUCCCAAAAUCUCCAUGCCAGACUUUGAUUUGAACCUGAGAGGUCCAAAAGUGAAAGGAGAUGUGGAUGUUUCUGUGCCAAAGUUGGAAGGUGACCUGAAAGGCCCUGAUGUGGACAUUAAUGUUCCUCAGAUAGAUCCUCCUGACAUUGAUAUUAAAGGACCCGAAGGCAAAAUGAAAGGCCCUAAAUUUCAGAUGCCUGAAUUUAACAUCAAGGCCCCCAAAAUCGCCAUGCCAGAUAUGGACUUCAACCUCAAAGGCCCUAAACUGAAAGGAGAUGUUGAUCUAGAAGUAUCUGCUCCCAAAAUAGAUACUGAUUUGAAGGGGCCAGAUCUUGAUAUCAAGGGCCCUAAGCUGGAUGUCUCCGUACCUGAUUUGGAAUUGCAAUGUCCUGAGGGAAAACUCAAAGGGCCCAAGUUUAAGAUGCCUGAAAUGAACAUCAAAGCUCCCAAAAUCUCCAUGCCGGACUUUGAUUUGAACCUCAAAGGUCCCAAAAUGAAAGGAGAUGUGGAUGUCUCCGUACCGAGCUUGGAAGGUGAUCUGAAGGGCCCCGACAUCGACAUCAAAGGGCCCAAGCUAGACGUUGAUGUUGGAGGUCCUGAAGGAAGUUGGAAAGGUCCCAAAAUUAAGAUGCCUGAAAUGAACAUCAAAGCUCCCAAAAUCUCCAUGCCUGAUGUACAGUUUGGUAUGAAAGGUGAUGUCUCUGGACCAAAACUCAUAGGAGAUUUGAAAGGUCCUGAAAUUGAUGUUGCUGCUCCCACUGUUGAUAUCCACGGUCCGGAUGGAAAAGUAAAAUUACCCAAGAUGAAGCUUCCCAAAUUUGAUAUCCCUGAGUUCAAAGGAGAAGGACCUCAGUUGGACGUCAACCUGCCUGAAGGAGAGUUGAAAGUAUCGGGUUCGGAUGUGAAAAUUGAAGCUCCAACUUUGGACGUCAAAGGGCCAGAAGGACAAUUGAAGGGCCCUGCGGUGAAGAUGCCAGAAAUGCAUUUCAAAACACCUCAGAUCUCCAUGCCGGAAAUUGACUUAAAUCUGAAAGGUCACAAGGUGAAGGGUGAUGUGGAUGUCUCCAUUCCAGGAAUGGCCAUCCAAGGACCAGGAAUUGAAGCUAAAGGUCCAGAGAUUGACUUGGAAUGUCCGGAUGUGAACGUUGAAGGGCCGGAGGGCAAUGUUAAACUCCCCAAAUUUAAGAUGCCAAAAUUUGGGUUUGGAGCAAAGAGCCCGAAGGCUGACGUGAAAUCUCCCACUUUGGACGUGUCUCUUCCAGAAGCUGAGCUGAACGUUGAGUCGCCAGACGUUGCCAUUUCUGCCAAAGGGAAAAAAAGCAAAUUCAAAAUGCCCAAAAUCCACAUGAGCGGACCUAAAGUCAAAGGCAAGAAGGGUGGUUUUGAUGUGAGUGGAGAAAUGGACGCCAAUCUGAAAUCACCGGAUUUGGACGGAAGCCUCUCGGUUCCAGAAGCCUCCCUGAAAGCAGAUGCCAACAUCAAAUCCCCCAAGGGAAAGAAACCAGUCUUUGGAAAACUCUCGUUUCCUGAUGUUGAGUUUGAUAUCAAAUCGCCCGUGUUCAAGGCCGAUGCUUCUAUGCCUAAGGUGGAAGGAGAGGUCAAGAUGCCAGGAAUAGAUGUGACGUCACCCAGUCUGAAAUCACCCAGUCUUGAAGCUUCCGUUCCCAGCGGAAGCGUUAACAUUGGCGGCCCCGAUAUUGGUCUUAAGGCCCCCGAGUUCAAGCUCUCGGGUGAAAGCAUUGGCCUGGCUGGUCCCAAAUUGGAAGGAGAUCUGAGAAUCCCCAGCGCUGAAGCCAACCUCACCAUUCCUGACAUCAACCUGAAAGGUCCAUCAGUCAACGUGCCUUCUGCGGAUGUUUCCGCACCUUCCAUCUCUGCCCCUGGUGUCGAUCUUCAUUUGAAAGGACCAAAGCUGAAAGGGGAUGUUGAUCUCCCAAGUGCCGAAAUCCAAGGCCCAGGAGGGAAGCUGAAAUUCCCCAAGUUCAGCUUGCCCAAAUUCGGGAAGCCAGGGGUGAACCUGGAAGGGCCGGAUGUAGACAUUCAAGGACAGAUGCCCUCUGCACACCUUGAUGUCUCUCCCCCACGAAUUGGAGGAGAGGCAAGCAUUCCUGAAAUGGACGUGAACCUGAAAGGACCAAAGCUAGGAAAAGACCUGGGUUUUUCUGGUGAGAUUAAAGCUCCAAAGAUGGAUAUUGGCAUGCCAGAUGUUGGCGUUGGUGGAUUCGAAGGGACGUUUCAGAUGCAAAAGCCUUCGGGUCUAGAUGUCAAUCUAACAGCUCCAGAUUUUGACAUGAGAGGGCCGAAAGUGAAGAUGACUUCGGAAGGAGGCAUCUCUGGACCUGAGAUGGACAUCAAUCUGAAAGGACCAAAGAUCAAAGGAGAUCUCGGCAUUUCUGGUAGCAUGACAUCUCCCAAGGUGGAAGGCUCUGGAGGUGGAGUUAAACUUCCCUGCAUGAAACUUCCUCAGUUUGCUAUCGCUGGUGAGGGAGGCGGCAUUUCAGGACCACAGAUCAAAGGACCUGAAGCUGGCUUUGAUUUGAACAUGAAAGGACCAAGUUUGAAAGGAGAUGCCCAGUUUGCUACCGACUUGAAAGGUCAACACGUUGGACUGGAAAUGCCAGGCAUGAAGGUUUCUGGCCUGGACUUGGACAUUGGGACCCCGGAUAUCUGUCUGAGAGGACCUUCCCUCAAUGUCUCAGGUCCAAAGGUUUCUGGGCCAGAUUUUGAGGUCAAUCUGAAAGGGCCCAAGGCCAAAAUGCCAGAGCUACAUGUGGGCGCCAAAGGAACAGGGGACCUUCACUUUUCUGGACCAAAGAUAGGGGGUGAUCUCAGCGGUCCCAAAUUAGGUAUCAAAGGUCCUUCUAUUGGGAUGGAUGCUCCACAAGGCCAUUUAGAAAGUUCAACUGGGAAGGUCUACUUCCCUAAAAUGAAAAUGCCAAAAUUUGUGGUAGCAGGGCAGGAACCGAUGGGAAGGGAAGUCGGGGUCGAUGUUGACUUUCCCCAACCGCCACAAGCGAGUCUUCACGUUGAGGCAGGGACGGUUGAGCUGGAAGAACCUGACCUGAAAUUGAAGAAAUCCAAAAUCAAAAUGCCUAAGUUUGCCUUCUCCAAACCCAAAGCCAAGGGAAGUGUGGGCUCUCCAGAAGUUUCAACAUCUGGGGCCGGAGUUGAAGGAGAGCUCAAAGCAAGUUUAGGGUCCUUAGAAGGUGAGGUGGAAGUAGGGGAAGCCGCCGCCUCGCCCAAAGGAAAGUUCUCCUUCUUUAAGACCAAAAAGUCUCGGCACCGGUCAUCCUCCUUUAGCGACGAGCACUCCUCGCACUCCACCCCGACCGGCACGCUGGAGCACGAAGGAGACAAAGGCAAGCACGCCAAGCUCAAAUUUGGCACUUUUGGCGGGAUAGGGUCGAAAAGCAAAGGGUCUUACGAGGUCACUGGAAGCGACGACGAGGCAGGGAGAACACAAGGCAGCGGAGCCUCCCUGGAGUCCAAAAAAUCUCGACUGUCCUCGUCCUCCAGUAACGAAAGCGGGACGAAAGCCGGCUUCCGAGUGCCGGUGGUCGAGUUGACGGUGGCGAAAAAGAAAGAGUAGUCCAGGAAAACGCUCGUGUACAUAACACCCCCUUUCCUGUACAUAAUGUCCCUCUCGCCCCAUCGCCCUCUCCUUCUCCCUCUGUAUAUAUAUAUUUUUCCACACACCCCAGCUUCAAAUACUUUGCAAUGAAACAGGUGAUCUACAGUGAAAUAAUCGGGUUUUGAGAGCAAAGUGAUUCCUGUUUUACUGUGAAUAGGGCAGGUUCCACUGAAAAGAUUUCUAUCUUCCAGAGAUCUAAAUCGAUUCCAAACUGAAACAGCCGCAUCCGUGGUCAUCUAGGGCUGAUGGCGAGCAGUUUAUGCGUAUCGUCGGCAUGAUUUUUCACGGUGCGGCCACGACAUUCGGCAUUGUGGAGCCCACCAGACAUUGCUGGCGACAUAAAUACCUCUAAAUUCUUCCCAAGCAGUCGUGGCUGCAUUGCAGCAAAAACACGGCGUAUUUCUUUCUUUUUUAAAAAGAAAAAAGAAAAACUUUUUUAAAAAAGAGAAAAAAUAAUUUUUUUUAAAAAUUUUUUUUUUAAAAGAAUUGUUAAAAAAAACACUUUUUUUUUAAAAAGCAGCAGAUGCCUUAAAACAAACAGCGGCGUGUUCGAUCGGCUGUAUCAGUUUGAAUUCAGUCAAUCUAAAAAAAAUUCCUCCAGACAUAACAGAUAAGCAAACGGGCGGGUUUUUUUUGUUUUUUGUUUUUGCAGACGGAGAAGUGAUGAAUUUUUGAAAAAGCCUGGAUUAUGUGAUAUUUAAAGCUGUGCCGUAAGGAAGAUAGAUGUACAGUUUUUUUGGGGAGUAUUUUGGACGAUUUCUCUCUUCUGUUUGGGCCUAGGAUUGUGCUUUGUAUGCUACAAGAGCUUUACGUUUACCUAAGCAAGCUUUGAUUGAGAUAUAUUAUAUAUAUAUUUCAAUUCACUGAAUAUCUUCAGUGUUGAUCCAUGGAAAUGUGUUAAUUUUAACUACUAGGGGUUUAUUAUUAUAAUUAUUAUUUUUUUGCUUUUACCUGCAGGGGGCUAAAAUGUUUUAUCCUUUAAAAUUAUGGAUAUAUGAAAAAAAAACACUGCACAUAUACAGAAAGCAAGUAAGAUAUAUCACAUUUGGGCCUUUUUUUUGCAACAAAAAUGACUUUUUCAUUUGUUUGAUAAAACGACUAAACCGACUUCAACCAAAUAUCCACAUGUAAUUUAUUUGUUGCUCAAAAGACGCAUUGCUGUUGCAAAACAAUUCAAGCCAAAAGUCCUUAACGACGUCAUCUUAAUUGUUUCUGUAUAUUUCUUAUUUUUGUAAAAGAAAAGAAGUUCUCUUAGCUGAGGAACAAAUAUUUUUGUCAUUAAUUCCUCCCGACAGAUGCAAAUUGUUAUCCUUUUGUCAUUAACUGUACCUUGAUUAUAAAACAAAACAAAUACAAAGAAAACUAUUUUUCAGCACUUUAAUGGCAAAUUAAUUGAGAAUGUAUGGAAACCGAUCUUGUAAAAUGCAAAUAAACUGUUUAUUAACCUUUUAA